CAGGCGGGACGACCGCGUGGUUUCUGUUGUUGUUACGUCCCUCUCCUCGUCGCCAUCAUUGCGGUACAUUGACUUUCUAGAGCGCAACACCAUCGGCAUUUUCUCUCCUUUUAUAGCGCCUUUGGACUUAAAAGCGUGAACGUGAUAUUAACACAUUCAGUCACCAAAAUGUCGACUGAAUACUUGCCCGUUUCAUCAAAAUACACACUUGGUGUACAUAGUUUUAUAUCCAGUCAAUUUUGAAUGCACCUUCCUUCAUUAAGCGAGGAAACAACAAACUUAAAGAAACCGCGAUUUCCUAUCAUCGCUGAUUGGUGCUUGAGAUCAAACAGUCCAGGCUCCGCCUAUCCGACGUGACGCACGUGACGUAACACGGAAAUAACGACAUUGACGUCGCCUGUCUGCAGAUCCUUCAGCUUCCACUGGAAUAAGAGCCACGUGUGGUCAUCAUGGACGUUUCAUCUUAUUAAGUCGGCAAUGGAAGCUCCAGUCACCGCCGCCCCGCCUCCUCCCAACUCCUCCGCCCUGCCGGCCCCUCUUCCCCUGCAUCCGGCUCUGGCCCCCUCGGUCCAGCUGGGCUUCACCGUCCUGUACACCGCCCUGUACGGCGCACUCUUCCUGGUGGUGUACGCCCAGCUCUGGCUUCUCUACUUCUACCGACACAAACGAUGGAGCUAUCAGAGCAUCUUUCUCUUCCUCUGCCUGCUGUGGGCCUCACUUCGCACCACCUUGUUUUCCUUCUACUUCCACAAUGCGCUGGAGGCCAACCACCUUCCCGUGGCUGUCUACUGGCUGCUCUACUGCUUCCCCGUCUGCCUGCAGUUCUUCACGCUCAGUCUUAUCAACCUGUAUUUCACUCAGGUGCUGCUCAAAGCUAGAGAAACGUACAGUGCAGAGGUAGACGGGCGACUCCGUGCGGCUCGCUGCACAUACGGGGCGUUGAACGCCAUCUUCUUCUGCGUCAAUGUGGUGUGUGCCGCUCUCGGGGACCGCGGUGACGGCACGGGGCCGGGGGAGAGGACAUGGAAUCUGGUCCUGGUCCGGGUUCUGGUCAACGACUUGCUCUUCAUUCUGGAUGCGGUGUUGCUGGCGGCCGUGCUGCUGCUGCUGACGCGCCACUCUCACUCCACCGGGCCGUACCUGAGCAGCAAGGUGAGCAGCAAGGGGACCAGCGUCUGUCGCAUGGCGGCACUCGGAGCGGCGGUCAUAUUUUUGUUCACCAGCAGAGCUUGCUACAACCUCAGCGUCCUUGUCCUGUCCCAGAACCACCACGUUGAGUCUUUUGACUUUGACUGGUAUAACGUCUCCGACCAGGCGGACCUGCGUAACGAGCUAGGCGACAGAGGCUACCUGGCGUUUGGCGCCAUCCUCUUCAUCUGGGAGCUGCUGCCAACCAGUCUGCUCAUUCUCAUCUUCAGAGUUCGCAGACCUACACAGGAGGUCAGCAGUCUGACCAUCAACAACAGAGUCCUACCUCGCCCUUUUUUCUUUGAUGACCCUCAAGGCGGCGACCAGGAGGAGUCGGUUCCUUGGAAUCGCAGCUGCCAGCCGCACUCAAGCUGGUUUGGAUCAGAGACCACCCCGUUGCUGUUUGCCAACAAGCCUGCGGACCAAAACCACCAGCACCACUCUUUCUAUUCCACCCCCCAAAACUGACCCAUGACUCAUGAUUGAUGUCCUUUGAUCAAAGACGACCAGCUUAGCAGCCAGUACAACCUGUGUGUGUGUGUGUAUGUUAGUGUGUUUUUGCACUGAAAACCUCAGGAAUUGUCCCCAAGCAGCAAACAAGCACCUGGAAAAUCUGUCAAAAGGAACCAACCCCCCCGACAUGAAUUGCCAAACAUCAUACUCAGUGAUGUUGCAUUUUAAUAGCUAACACUGUAAAUUCAUUCAAAAUCCCUCAUUAUCAUUCCUUUUUAAGUCUUAUAAGACCCACUCUGCUAUUCCAGUUGUUUAUGGAACCAUUCCCAUCUCCUAUUCUUUUAUAUUUUGUUUACUCUAAUACUUUAUUCUUCACAAUUCUGACCAAUGUUUAACUUAGACAGCUCAUUGUAACAAGUGAGUCCCUUGUGUAUCUGAUCAUAUUUACUGUGUAAAUCAACUAAAGCGCGUCCAGGUUGUCGCUAAGGAACGCAAGUGUCAAAUUUGUAAGAUACUUAAACACUGCUACAGUGAAAUGUGGAGUGUUGUCAUGCUGGUAUAUUAAAAGUACAGAUGUCCAUCA